AUGCUUAUCAACUUUUUUGACUUGAUGCUUUUCAUCUUAUUAUUUUAGUAAGAAAAAUUCAUAUUUUAUAGAUGUGUGUAAAAUUAUUGUAAAUUUUCAACCUUCUUCCCUCUUUUAGGUAAAGGCAACAAUUAAUUUUCUAUCGAUUAAGCCUUAACUUAAGAUAUCAUUUAAGGAUAGACUAAUACUGGGUUUGGAGUUUGGAUGAAUUAUCAACCAUUGACAAAGAUAGGAGGGCUAUGUAAAGACUAAUUUUAUCAUCUUCUAGCUAAUAGAGUCUACUAAGAUUUCAGUAAAUUAAAGGAAUAAAUCAUUAUUGAAGGAGGUCAAUUUAUUUAUUCAAUUGAGUAAAGCAACGAUAAAUUUACAUGGUUGGUGGUUUCAGCUGACAUAGAUUCAAAUAAAUAGAUAAUUAGUAACAAAGUAUUUUACUCUUUUAAUACUUUAAUCGAUACUUUAUCCUUCGAAUUUGAUAUUUUUUUAUAUGAAGGUUAAUGGAUAUUGUUUUAUUGUUAUUUUGACAAUAUCAAAAAAUAAACUCUCAUAGGAUUUUACAAUUCUAAAGAAGCUUUAUCUAUUUAAGUUGUAAAUGAUUUACCAAAGUAUGUAUAAAAAUUAAAACAUAAAGUGGGAAGUGUUUAUUCAUAUAGGAAUUAGGAUGGCAAUUUGAUAUUAUUAAGCCAAUUCAAGGGAUCUCUCACUAGUAUGUUGUCAGCUAAGUCGUAAAAUGUUUUCUUAGAUAUAAACUCAUGCACUUAAAGUUUGUAUGGUUAUAUACCUUGUUAUGGGAGGACUUAUACAGUGGGCGAAAAUAAUCAAAAAAUGGAAGGAAGUUAAUAUCUUAAAAUAUCAACCCAAGAAAUUUAAAGGCCUUAUUAUAUUUUUAAAGGUUGGAUUAUGUUAGCACAAACAACCUAAACCUUUUUGGAGACUACUAUUUUUAGAGUAACAGUGAAUUCAGAUUAUGGCGAUGAUGUUAAGAUAGGAGAUAGAGAUCUACUAUUAAAAUAUUACCAGAGUAAUGUACCUGACGAGAAUGGAUUUGAAAUAUCUACUUAUUCAUACAUGACAAAUGAAGAUGAUCAAAUUAGAUAAUUUGGAGAUGAAUAUUCAGUGUUGUUGAUACAAUGGCAUUAUUUUAUAUAUGAAAUAGGAACAGAAAAUAAUAAUGAAUAACCAGUUUUUUCAAUAUUUUUUCCUUCAAUUACAACUCCUCCAUAUAUUCUUUGGCUCUUUUAUCAACCAAAUGGCGAAUAACAUUCUUUUCUGGGAGUGGUUCAUACUUUAUUUUGUUUGGAUUUUCAUGGCUUCUUGCAUUAGCCAAUUAAUAUGGAUUUUGAUGUUAAAUAAUAUUAACGGAAUUUCCUUUAAAAC